UUUUUAGUGGUAUUUUAAUGGCCGGACACUCUCUUGAGGAUCUUCAUGAAUCGCUUAUGGAUUUCGCACUGGAGAGCCUUAUGAAAGGCUCCAAUGUUCACGUACAUGCUCUCCGGCUUCUUCAAAUUCUCGGUACGGAAAACAUUGAACUGCGAAGUCCGUCUGUGGAACGCCUGAAUGGGAUGUGGAAGGAAUUAGCCACAUGGCUGGAUCAGGAAGCGAAAUCUCAGUCAAUUCUCAAACUGAUUAGCGUAUUUGUGAGGAAUCCAGCGUGUCAGAGUAGCAUUAUAAGUGCAGUAAGUCGGGAGAAGAUACAGAAAUUGCUCAUGAUUCCAACGGGCGAGGCUAUAGAUAAGAUGAAAGAUGAUAAAAUUCUCUUAUUGUUGACUUGCCUCGAUCUCCUGACCAACUUCUCAACUGUGGAGCCACUGCAGUGGUAUGGACAAGCAGAUGAGGCAUUCAAGACGCCAGAGAUUGCGAAAAUCAUCGCCGAGGGAUUUUCCAGAGGACAUGAAGAGAUGUUCACUUGCUGCCUAAAUUUGGCUCAGCAUACAAACUUCCCCAGGGAAAGAAUCACACGUCUCAUGCAUAAGUCACCAGUGAAGAGACAGACUGAUUGUCGUCGUGCUCGUCCAGAAGACACUUUUGUGCCUGUUCAAGUGCUGAAGAAGCAAUCAAGAGAAAUUGAUCGGAUUCUGAAGGAUUUUACAAAUAUUCCUAGUAAUAUGACCAUCUCUUCUGCUGCUAUUCUCAUGCAGCAUCAAAUUGCCUACUCGAAGACUGUGAAUAGAAUCCAUGAGCAGGAGAUUGAGCAUAGCCAACGUUUUAUCUCCUCACUAAAACUCCAGAUUGCCACGAUGGAGGCGGAGAGGGACUCUGUAAGAUCUCUCUUGAGCCACUAUGACAUUACCAAUGAAAAGGCUCAGCGAAAGAUUGCUCUAUGCGAGGAGACAAUCACUUCCCUUCAGAUUGCGCUCACGCAAGUCAAUGGCAAGAUUGAGGAAGACGCCAAGAAGCUUGAAUUAGCGAGGAAAGAACGCGAGGAAGCCAAAGCAAAGGAAAAGGAACUGAAAGAAGCUGUCAGAUCACUGAAUUCCGAAGUGCAGGAACAGAAGAAAUCUGCUGAGAUCAUGCAGAAAGCCAUGGAUGAGCAAAAGAAGGAAGUCACCAAAAAGGACGCUCGCAUUCAGCAUCUGGAGACCAAAUUGAAAGAAAGCGAGUCACUCAGGCAGAGGGUCGUUGAUCUCAUGAUGAGUGGCAAAAUAGGGAAUUGAAAUCGCUUCACA